AUGGACAUCGAACCAGCCCCUCCCAUCAUCAACACUACAGCCAGCCCGCCGCCUCCACUACCAGACGAAGAAGCCCACCUGAAAGCACGCACGUCCGACUCCAAGUUCUGGCUCGAGUUCUCCCUCUUCGACGACGGCCUCGACGCCCCCAGCGCCGCGUCCCUCACGACUCUCUCGCACUUUCACCGCUUCCCGGACCUACCCCCGGAGAUCCGCCUCAAGAUAUGGUCUUACCUCCUUGCGCCCCGCGUCGUGACGGCGUGCUGCUUCGAACGCGAUUCCAGACUGCCCGUCCGGCGUGAGGCGUUUGCGAGGCGCUCGUUCGCUGCACCUUGCAACCCUUCAUCUUCUCCUUCUUCCACCAUCACAACAACGGCGGCAGCCGCACCUAUAGGAGAAGGUGAACAAGAAGAAGAGACUAAAGAAGAACAAGGUAGGGUGAUAUUUAACCCCACGUGCCCGCUCAUCCUCCUCAUCUGCCGCGAAUCCCGCGUCCUCGGCCUGGAACACUACGAGCUCGCCUUUGGCUGGCGCAUCUCGGCCCUGCUCUCCGACACCCCCAUCGCCCGCCCGCCGCGCGUGUGGUUCAACUUCCGUCUCGACGCCCUCUACCUCGUCGGCGAGCUCGAGGCCUAUGACCAGUACGGCUUCAACAGCCCCAUGGUCUACUUUUUCCGCAAAGAGGACACCAGACGCGUCCGGCACGUUGCAUGCGCCUUUGAGGAGCUGCACUACCCGGAGCAGGAGUCGGACCAGAUCUUUGGGUGCCUGUGGCACAUCGUCGACCGCUUCUCCGGCGCCAAGCGGCUACUGGUCGCCGUGACGCCGCGGGACGAGGAGGGCAUGAAGGGGUGUCUCAUGCUGAGCACCGACAACAUCAUGCAGAAGAUUUGGAACGGCUGGAUCCUGGGGACAACGGUCACGAGCUCCAGCCUGGCGGAUACGCAGAUCUUGAUGGUCAGGGAGGGCGAUUUGUCUGACGUUAUUUUUCGCCCGACUUCGUAG